AUGGGUAAAUACUUUCCCCGGCCAUUAAGGGAUCAAAAGGAGGUAGAAUUUCUCCAACUCACACAAGGGAAUUCGCCACUUGGGGAGUACAAAAGAAAAUUUAAACGGCUUUCUAGAUACGCUCCACACAUGGUAAACACUGAGCUGACGAAGGCUAAAAGGUUUGAGAUGGGGUUGAGGCCAGAGAUUAAGGAAAUCAUGGCAGCCCAACAGUAUACUACUUAUGCGAAAGUUUUACGUCGAGCACAAGCAAUUUCUAAUGGUUUAGGAUUGGAAAAGAAACCUCAACCCAACACCAAGACUUCUAUAAAAAGAAAGUGGCAAGGUUACAACAAAGAGAAAUGUAGGAAUCAGAAUAAGAAAGUAAAGAUUUGGUUAAGUUCAAACAAAACUUUUCCUCAAUGCUCCAAAUGCAACAAGCGACACUUGGGAGAAUGUCUUCAAGGAAAGGGAUUAUGCUACAUUUGUGGUAAAAGUGGCCAUUUCCUUGGAGAAUGUCCAGAGAAGAAGAAAGAAGGUGACCAUCUUAAGAAGGGAAAGGCCAGAGUAUUUGCUUUGAUGGGAGAAAAUGAGGAUCGGAACACAGACGUAAUAACAGGUAUGUUACCAGUAUUCGACAUACCUGCUAUUGUUCUUAUGGAUUCUGGAUCGACUCAUUCAUUUAUUUCUACAAUUUUUAUGGAUAAGAUUGGAAGUAAAUGCGUAGAAACAAAUAACAUUCUAGAAGUUAGUACACCCUCGGGCGAAGUCAUUAAUACUGAUCAAAUGAUUAAAUGUGUUAAGUUAGAGAUUGAAGGAAAAGUACUAAAGAAACUAUGCAACUAUCAUAUGCCAUAA